AUGCCAUCCGAGGCUUUGUCACUAGCCGCGGUAGGCUGGUCUAUCGCCGGAACAGGCAUCAUCAUCACGGCUGGAUUAAACUAUAAGGGAAUCCUUUUGCAACUCAAAGCGAACAAAAAAGACAACUUGAGCGAGGCGGAGGAAGGCAGGGCCACUGGGGUUAUGCGUUUCAUACCCGAGAUCACAAAUGUCCAGAUGAGAGUCGAUGACCUUAUGCAAUGGGCUAAACGGCGCAAUUUGCAACUGUCUCCCAUUGACCAAGAAUAUGCACGGUUAGCGGGCAGCUAUGAAGGAUUUAAAACGCUGUAA